AUGGAGAUUGAAAUAGUUUCUAGAGAAACCAUCAAACCUUCAUCACCAACUCCUUCUCACCUUAGAAUAUAUCCACUUUCUUUUAUAGACAACAUUUUUGUUUGUAAUGUUCCACUACUCUUCUUUUACAACCCAAACAAGAGUUGUGACCAAAAUUCAAAAAUAUCACAACUCAAAACAUCAUUAUCUCAUGUUUUAUCUAAAUACUAUAUUUUUGCUGGUAGGUUGAAAGAUAGAAUUAUUAUUGAAUGUGACGACCAAGGUAUGUCGUUUCUGGUUACAAAGAUAAAAAAUAAACUAUCAGAUAUUCUUAAAUAUCCCGAAGAAAGAUUGUUGAACUCUUUAUUUGCUGACGGAUUGCAAUGGAAAGACGUAGAUCUGAGUGCCGCUUUAGUAGCCAUUCAAAUCAAUUGUUUUGAAUGUGGAGGAAUGGCUAUAAGUAUUUGCAUGAAUCACAAAUGUGGUGAUGCUUCCACCCUUAUCAAUUUAAUGAAGGAAUGGACUAUUAUCAAUAAAUAA